AUGCCCAGAGUUUCUCUCUUUCCUGUUGCUUCACAUCGUUCUUCUCGCGCUGUGUUUACGCCUCCUCGUUUGAAAACAGCAAAGAAGCCCAACCUCUGUUUUUCCACUACUCCAUUGCUUCUCCGGCGAAAGAUGCAUUGUGUUGCUGGAUCGUCGUCGGAGUCAAAUCCAUUGACGACGAUGGAAGCGGAUGAUGUGGAGGACGAGUCACAUCCAUUGUUGAUGAUGGAAGCGGACGAGGAAGACGAAGAUGGCAUGAGUCUUUGCGUUUUCUAUGAUAUCCAAAACAAAGAGGAUGUAAAUACGAAUAUUGAGAUCCCUGAAGAGGUUAAACAUGCAAUAUGCGUUGGAUCAUCUCAUGGCUGGCUGGCUUAUGUCUCCCGUCUCGACUGCUCUGUUUUCCUCUGGAGUCCCUUCAACACCUCUCCGCUCAUCUUGCUUCCUCCCAUUGAUACACUACCCUACGUAACAGUUGUAUCUUCUGAAGAGUUAGAUGAGAAUGAAUACAAACCCGAUUUUGUAAGUGCAUACGAAGAUGAUUUUUCCCCUGAUUUUGGGUUCAAAAUUUCAUGCGAUUGUGUCCAUCCAGAUAUAUGCCAAGUUCAUCGUAUCAUUUCGCCAAAACUUUUGAGUCUAAGGAUUAUGGUCAAGAUUGUUUUGUCAUCUUCUCCAACAAGUGAUGAUUGCGUCGUUGUGGCUGUUCCUAGGCAUAAUAUUCGCCGCAGUAUUGCCUUUUGUAAACCUGGGGACAAGGCAUGGACCUUUGUAGACCCGCCGCUUCAGAAUGGUUUCCACAGUAUUUCCGAUGUCAUACAUUUCAAGGACCGCUUGUUCUACACCGUGUCCAGCUGUGGAACCGGUUUAUACGCUUAUGAUCUUUCUGAUCUUUCUUCUCCGAAGAGUUACCUUCUCGAAACUUCGUUCAACUUUCAAACCUUAUCCUCGUUUGACCAAAAUGUGAGGACUUGGUUCCAUGACAGAUAUUAUCUGGUCGAAUCGUUAGGUGAUCUUCUGUGGGUUCGUCGGCUUAUUUCUAACAAUAUGAAUGACGAUGGCGAAUUUACAUUUUCCCAUGAUGCUCAAAUAUUUCCGGACCAGACAGUCCAGUUUGAUGUUUAUAGGCUGGAUUUCUCUAAGAACACAUGGGAAUUUACUGAAUCCAUAGGUGACCGAGUUCUGUUCUUGGGUACUAACCAAUCUCUCUCUCUCUCUGCUCGGGACUUUCCCAGUUUGAAAGCAAACUGCAUAUACUUCACGGAUGAUUCUUCUUCAAUACAUCGGAAAUGUGAUUUUGGGGGCCGGGAUUUUGGGUAUUACGAGCUGGGAGGAUUUGCAUAUGGAGAAUACCGUUUUCGUGAGGACAAGAUUUUGCCACCACCUUUCUGGGUUAUGCGCCAUUUUCAGUAA